AUGGGAGCGAGUGUGGAGCUGUGGAGGCAAGACUCGAGCAUGGUGAUUGAUGCUCUUGACGCAGGUGAAGCUCGUGGGAUGUUGACAUCCAACCUUAUGUCCAUGCGCGAGCCGCGGAUUGCGAUCAACGGGGAGAAUGCUGUGCUGCAGUACGUCAGGAGCCACCAGGGCAAGGAGCCAUCCAAGACGAGGAACCAAGUGUUUGUGAUCCGAUGUCACGAGUACGGAUGUUUCGACAACGCUGGUUAA